AUGGCACCUCUAGUCUGCAGUGGUUAUAAUUACACCAUAUGGGCUGUGCGGAUGGAAGCCUACCUAGAUGCUGUAGAUCUAUGGGAGGUUGUUGAAGAUGACUAUGACGUUCCUCUACUAUCAGACAACCCAACGAUGGCUCAAGUCAAGAAUCACAAGGAAAGGAAAACCAGAAAGUCUAAGGCAAAAACUUGCCUAUUUGCAGUAGUUUCAGCUACAAUCUUCACCCGAAUUAUGUCUUUGAAAUCAGCCAAAGCCAUAUGGAGUUAUCUCAAAUUUGAAUAUGAAGGAGAUGAUCGAAUUAAAGGCAUGAAAAUGCUGAAUCUAAUAAGAGAUUUCGAGUUGCAGAAGAUGAAAGAGUCAAAAACCAUCAAAGAGUACUCUGAAAGGCUUUUAAGCAUAGCCAACAGAGUAAGAUUGCUUGGUUCGGAGUUUAAAGACUCUCGUAUUGUUGAAAAAAUUCUGGUUACUAUUCCUGAAAGAUUUGAAGCUACCAUAACCACUUUGGAAAAUACCAAAGAUUUGUUCAAAAUCACGUUGGCAGAGUUGUUGAACUCUUUGUAG